AGAUGAAUAAGCUUUGGUAGAGAAAGAUUACAAAUAUUUUAUUUAUGUACAGACUGUUUCAGUUUGACAUUCUCUCUCUCUAGUAGUCCGUAGUAUUUCAUCUGUUACAUGAUAUUCAUUUGUUUUGGAUGUUUGUUUUGUACUUCCUGCAGCAAAAUGUAUGAUCUCUUGAGAGUUAAAUUUAGCAAAUUGAAAUGAACUCCCUUCCAAUCUUUUCAUGUGGCAGCCUGGCCAUAAGAUCAAAACACAUAAACGUAGGUUUUGCUUAAUUUCUAAAUCGGGGCAUUGUGGACAGAUGUUCGAAACCUUAAGAUGACUCAAAUCCAUUCGUGGUAUGGAAAACCAUGCUGGAGGUAGUGCCAGUGGAGUUUCUGCUUUACUGAUGUAUUGCCCUGGUGAUGACACAUAUAAUGUUAUCAUAACCUUUCUGCUAGUGGCCCAAACUGUGUCUUCUGUAAGGACCAUGCAACCAAACCAAAAUGAACGUGGACAAGCACUUCUAUCUUCAAUAUCAGCUGCUCUCAGUCAGAUAACUUGAAAGACUAUCACCACCUUCACCCUUUUCUGUAUUUCUUUCAACAUUAUUCAGCUCAAAGUGACAGACCCAAAAUUGGUGUUGUUAUUGGGCACAGUGUGUCCAGCUGUUUCUUCACUGUGUAGUUUGUCUGUAUGCGGAACAUAGUUGGCCAGGAUGAACGAAAUGAAUGAAAUGAAAUGAAAACAUUUCAGUGACCAUUUUAUUUGAAUAUGCAUUCCCCACUGCGGGAAUUUUCAUGGUUAUGUUGCAGUUUUUGCAGCUGAUUUUUCAGCAGAAAGGUAGCUGGUGUAUUCUCAGUACUUUUAGAUUUUAUUUUAGAAUCUGAUGCAAAACUCUUUUGAGUAAACAGAAAUACUUGCACAAAAAGAUUUCAUUAAUCUUUGAAGUUACUUUUAUGUAUUUGGAUAAGAAUGGUAAGAGAAUGGGGACAGCAUUUUUUUCUUUGCUUUCUUAUACAAGGAUAAUAAUUAAAAAAAAAGUCGGUUUGGUUCUUUACUUUUAACCUAAUUAAUCCACUCAGAAGGCAAGCUGCUUAAUGGAACAGGGACAUCUUUAUGGCAAGUUUGUUUCUUUUGUAAAGCAACCAUGAAAAUGCUCAACCCUAGCACAUUUUAACUCAGCUUUUCUCUGGCUGCCUUCUUGUUUAUAAAUUAAAUAUUUUGACUCUCCUGUUUUGAUACUCCUUAUUGCCCCUGGUGUGACUGUUCAAAGAACUCUCUGUCUGGGGUGUUGCAGCAGAGCAGAUUCAGACAGUUCUGCUCGGAGAAGGAAGUGGAGAGUUUUGGUUCCCAUUUUGCACUUCUGGAACAGUUUAGGGAAGGAAGCACCUUUACACCUUUUAUUGUUCGUGGUUGCUGACAUCAUAUCCUUCCCUGACCGCUCUGUGCGUGUUUCCUGCCAUUCUAUCAAGAUCCUUGUGUGUUGCAGAGGAGGGAUAGUGGGUGUGCAUGUGUGUGCGUGUGCGUGUGCACACAUGUGUCUGUGUAAGAGAGGCAGGAGCGGUCAAGUCAUCUGCUGUGUUUGUCCACUAGCCCUUUUCCCUUCUCGAGGCUCAGAUUUAUCUUCUGUCAGCUACCACUGCCUCUGCCAAAUCAUAUAGUGAACAGAAGCCCACCAAAAAUGAAGUUCCUCUUUUUGAACGGAUGCAGGGGACUGUGAACUGAGUAGUGGAAGUGCUGAAGAAGGAGGUUUGUUUUGAGGAAACAGGAAAGAGGAAGAAAAGAGAAGGGAAACAUACAUAAUUUUAAGGAAGAAGGAGAGAAAAAAAAACGGGGACUAUGGGGAGAAAAAAGAUUCAGAUUACAAGGAUUAUGGAUGAACGUAACAGACAGGUGACAUUUACGAAGAGGAAAUUUGGGUUAAUGAAGAAGGCUUACGAGCUGAGUGUUCUGUGUGACUGCGAGAUUGCUCUGAUCAUCUUCAACAGCACCAACAAACUGUUCCAGUAUGCCAGCACUGACAUGGACAAGGUGUUGCUGAAGUAUACCGAGUACAACGAGCCGCACGAGAGUCGAACGAAUUCGGAUAUUGUUGAGACGUUGAGAAAGAAAGGACUUAAUGGCUGUGACAGUCCAGACCCCGAUGCAGACGAUUCAGUAGGUCACAGCCCUGAGUCUGAGGACAAGUACAGAAAAAUUAAUGAAGAUAUUGAUCUAAUGAUCAGCAGGCAAAGAUUAUGUGCUGUUCCACCACCAAACUUCGAGAUGCCAGUUUCUAUCCCAGUGUCCAACCACAACAGUUUGGUGUACAGCAACCCAGUCAGCUCGCUGGGAAACCCCAACCUUUUGCCGCUGGCUCAUCCUUCUUUGCAAAGAAAUAGCAUGUCUCCUGGCGUGACACAUCGGCCUCCAAGUGCAGGUAACACAGGUGGCCUGAUGGGUGGGGACCUCACAACCGGUGCAGGCACCAGUGCAGGAAAUGGAUAUGGCAACCCCCGCAACUCUCCAGGUCUGCUGGUCUCACCUGGCAACUUGAACAAGAAUAUGCAAGCAAAAUCUCCGCCUCCAAUGAAUUUGGGAAUGAACAACCGUAAACCAGAUCUCCGUGUGCUUAUUCCACCUGGCAGCAAGAAUACGAUGCCAUCAGUGAAUCAGAGGAUAAAUAACUCCCAGUCUGCUCAGUCAUUGGCUACUCCAGUGGUUUCCGUAGCAACUCCUACUCUACCAGGGCAAGGGAUGGGAGGAUACCCAUCAGCCAUCUCAACAACAUAUGGUACUGAAUAUUCUCUGAGUAGUGCAGACAUAUCAUCUCUCUCUGGGUUUAAUACAGCCAGUGCUCUCCAUCUUGGUUCUGUGACUGGCUGGCAACAGCAACACCUACAUAACAUGCCACCAUCUGCCCUCAGUCAAUUGGGAGCUUGCACUAGCACUCAUUUAUCUCAGAGUACAAAUCUCUCCCUGCCUUCUACUCAAAGCCUCAACAUCAAGUCAGAACCUGUUUCUCCUCCUAGAGACCGUACCACCACACCCUCGAGAUACCCACAGCACACGCGCCAUGAGGCGGGGAGAUCUCCUGUCGACAGUUUGAGCAGCUGUAGCAGUUCCUACGAUGGAAGUGACCGAGAAGAUCACCGGAACGAAUUCCACUCCCCCAUUGGACUCACCAGACCUUCGCCGGACGAAAGGGAAAGCCCCUCUGUCAAGCGCAUGCGGCUCUCUGAAGGAUGGGCGACAUGAUAACAUUAUUACCUAUUAGGUUUUUUUCUGUUGUUUCUUUAUUUUUUUUUCCUUGCAGUGUGUGUGUGCUAUACCUUAAUGGGGGAGGGGGGGGGGGGUCGAUAUGCAUUAUAUGUGCCGUGUGUGGAAAAAAAAACAAAAAAAAAACAAAAAAACAAACAAAAAAAGUCAGGUACUCUGUUUUGUAAAAGUACUUUUAAAUUGCCUCAGUGAUACAGUAUAAGGAUAAACAGAAAUGCUGAGAUAAGCUUAGCACUUGAGUUGUACAACAGAACACUUGUACAAAAUAGAUUUUAAGGCUAACUUCUUUUCACUGUUGUGCUCCCUUGCAAAAUGUAUGUUACAAUAGAUAGUGUCAUGUUGCAGGUUCAACGUUAUUUACAUGUAAAUAGACAAAAAGGAAAAAAACAUUUGCCAGAAAUGGCAGAUCUUUACUGAGAGAGAAAGCAGCUGUUAUGCAACAUAUAGAAAAUGUACAGAUGUUUUGACAGACCCAGUGGUUGGGUGGCCAUUAAUUGAUGCUGGAAAGAUACUGGGUCACCUAACAUACCGAAAAUGCUCACAAACAUGCAGGCAUAUCAUCAGAGUAUGGCACUCACUUAAGAAGGAUCAAAACAUUUAAAGAGGACCAUACUUGUAAAAGUGUUGAGUUCGAGGGCUAACAUAUUUAAUUUUAAACAUUCUGGGUCUGCAUCACUUAUUAAAUAAAAAAAAAUAUAAAAAUAUGUACAUUACAUUUUGCUUAUUUUCAUAUUAAAAAGUAAGACAGAGUUUGCAAAGCAUUUGUGGCUUUUGUAGUUUCCUUAAGCCAAAAUGUGUUCUUUUUUUCCUUGAUAGCUUCGCUAAUCUUUUAAACAGUCCUGACGAAACAAACAAUAAGGACUUUUUGUAUAGAAAGCACUACCCUAAGCCAUGAAGAACUCCAUGCUUUGCUAACCAAGAUAACUGUUUUCUCUUUGCAGAAGUUUUGUUUUUGAAAUGUGUAUUUCUAAUUAUAUAAAAUAUUAAGAAUCUUUUAAAAAAAUCUGUGAAAUUAACAUGCUUGUGUAUAGCUUUCUAAUAUAUAUAAUAAUUAUGGUAAUAGCAAAAGUUUUUGUUAUCUUAAUAGUGGGGAAUUAUAUUUGUGCAGUUGCACAUUUAACUAUUUUGUUUUGGUUUUCUUUUACUGGGUAUACAUUUUACAGAUCGAAAUCAGCUGUUGAAAGACUGAUCUGUAAAAAGUUCGAAUUUACCCACGGUGUAACAACUUAAAUCAUUUUAAUACAGCAUUUUACAAUCAGUUGGGUGAACUGCGAUCCAUUGUAUAUACUGAUUAGUUCUUUCAUGCUGUUUUGUGCAUUGUAACAAGUUAAGGGCCCUUCUAUUACUUAAUGUCCUGCGUAUCUUGUAGUUUUCUAUAGGUUGAAUGACAAAGCGGCAUAACUUGGCCCUUUCUCAUUAAUGAAGCUGGUAUUCUGCCUGUCAGAAUUGGAUGUACAGCUCUAACGGCUGUCAGUUACGUGAGUGCAGGUGAAUAUUUGCAGAGGCAGUAGGGAGAGUUAAAGGGAGGGAUCAGAACAAACAUGCCCAUUAUGAAGAUUAACCCCACUCUCUCACAGAUUUUAAACUCUUAGAGAUAGCGUCAGUUAAAGGACCAUUCGAAAGUCGGUUGAUUGCACUCAGCCAAUGUUGGCCAUCGGGUCCCUGGUCCUCUUCGACCUCCACGGUCACGUCAUCUCGCGGAGGGCACAUUGUUGAACAACGUCCCCCCCGUGUGUUUGCACCCCAGCAUCAGUAUAUGGCAUCCACAUUUUCUCCUGCCUCGUGUUGUUCCUUUGACCUAAAAUAGCUUGACCAGAGGGAAUGUUUCAUUUCUUCAAGUCCCACUUUGUCCCUCUUGUUUUUCAGAAGAAAAUGGUAUAUUCAAGUGUUUCAGUUUGACCUUUCUGUUGAAGGGAAAACGUGUUUAAGCAAAAUGUUAGUGCCAUAGUAAAACUGUAAUAUUUCUCCAAGAGUCCUUCCAACUCUCACCUACAUACAUUGACACUAUGAUGAAGCAUAUAGCUGCGACAGCUAAGUCAAUACAGAAUAUUUUGGUAAGGGAAAUCCACGCUCUGUUUCCCACCCUUACAAGCAGUUGCUGUGCACUGCUUAUUAAUAGGGUAUUCCUCUCUGUAGUAAAGAAUGGUGAACAGGCUAUAGUGUGCAUUAAGAUAUACGCUUUUCACUCGUCGUGACUUUAUAGAAGCCUGCCUUACAGGCACUCUCAGCCGUGCAGGGGCUAGUGCAUAAUCUGGAAACAAUUUAAGGAGAAUACUGUGCUACUAAUGCAUCCAUCUUAUCUCAUGCAGCAAUCUGCAGGGUAACGAAAAAGAUACGCAUGUUAAAAAAAAAAAAAAAAAAUCACAAAAAAAAGAACAAAACAACAAAAAAAAAGGCAAAACGGGGCCCAUAAUUAAUUUUAAAACACAAAAAAACCUGUUUUUGAAACCACUUUCUUCACCUUCAGAUGAACCUAUACUCAUAUUCUCUUCUGAGAAUUUUAAACUUUGGUGUGUCAAAAAUAUGCAAAUAUAUCACAAAUGUACCUUGUCAUUUCAAGAAAAAAUACAACUUUAUCAGUAUUGUAGUAGAAACUUGUCAGUGGGGAAGGGGAUUUGGUCUAUUGAUAUAUGAAGAAUAGCCAUAUUAAUAGUUUACCUUGCGAUUUGCCUCAGCAACGCAUGAAAAAAGAAAGAUAUCGUAUUUAACGAAGAUGCAGUGUAAUAUAUUACUGCAAGUAACUAAGCAGAAAGUAGCGUGAAAAGUAUUGCCUGGGCAAUUUAUAUUAACUCUGACAGUGAUUUUUAUAUAAAAACAAGUAGAACAGAAUCACGUGAAAAUAAAUGCCAGUCGUCCCUCUUGUUCCUGCUGCAGAGGGCAGCUAACUUUUACUGGCAAAAUUGUGGGGGAUAAUGCAUAUUUGCAAACUGAUCUAAUGAUAAGAAGCACAACUUUGAUUGUGAAGUCACUUUCUGUAAACUAUAGCUGUCUACCUUUCUUGUUCCUUUAUCUGUACCUUACCAUUUAUUGUAUUUGCAAAGCUAAUUUGGGUUUAUUGUGUGAUUCCUUUGUAUUUAAGGAGUUUGGGGCAGAGCCCUGAAAGAGUAUUAACAUUUACUUUACCUUAACCCAUGCUAUAUAAUGUUUUAGGCAACAUUCUUAAUUGUAAGUUCAAACACCUGAAGUGGCAUUCUAGACAUCUGCAAGUAUUGUUAUAGCUAAGCUAACCUCUAUUAAAAGGUGUUGUCAGUUAGUGUUUAAUUGCUGGUGACAAUUAUAUGAUAUACCCUAUCUGCACAACCUGUAUAUUGUACGCAUUGAGCCAUUCGCAGUAAAGCUUUUGUCAUUUCAGUGUUUUUCAAAAGUUGUGUUUUAUAACAAAAUGGCUUAUAUUUUUCCCAGAAGAGGAAUUGAGCAGUUUUUAAUGAAUAAUAUAAAAAUAUCUGUUGUCCUCAGAUCUUUUUCAGGUAAAGCUAGCGUAAGAAUUAAAAAACUCAUAGACUGUUUUCAAGGAUGUCAACCCUUUUGUAUUGUAUGUGUUAUCCUAUAUACCCUCUUUUAUCUAUAGUCCUAACAGAGCUGUUUUGUUUUCCUUCUUCCUUCGCCUUGAAGAUAAAUGCUUUGUAAUUUUUUAAAAGCCACUUGAAACCUCAAUAAAGGCUGUUGCCUAAACAUGGCAUACUUCAUCUGUUCCUGUUUGUGCCAUCUGCUGUGAUGUCGUCAGUUAUAUGGCAUUAAUUUCCUGCCACUACAGGUCUCUUGAAGGACUGAUGGAACAUUGGUGUCUGUUAGAAUGCUUCAGACUGUAGAUGUAAUAAAAGGCUUUUGUUAAUAUAUUUUAACCAAAGAUGUGGAGCAAUCCAAGCUUUGAGCCACAGACCUUCUGCAUCAAAAGUAUCUGUUUGAUUAUUUUCACAAUCAGGUGUUGCAUUUCUACCUUCCCUGCUCAUACCUCAGACUGAUCCAUACCUCAGUUUGAUUCAAAAAAAAGGUCAGUUAAGUAACUCAUUUAAAAAAAAAAAAAAAAAAAGAAAAAAAGAAAAAAAAAUGCAGUACCAGAGUCUUUUGUGGAGUAACAAAUAUCAGACCUGGGUUACCACAGGCAUUACACUUGGAUUGCUUCAGAUGGUUUGUUGUAUCCUUUUAUUUUUCUUUUUUUUUCUUCUCUUUCAUGGGGAUUUGCUUCCAUAAAACAAUGGUGAUAACAAAAUAGCUUGUAAAUGGGAGCAUACAAGCAUUUGCAACAAAUAUUAAAGUAGAGGCUCACAGCGGCAUAAGCUGGACUUUGUCGCCACUAGAUGACAAGAUGUUAUAACUAAGUUAAACCACAUCUGUGUAUCUCAAGGGACUUAAUUCAGCUGUCUGUAGUGAACAAAAAUGGGAAAAUUUCAAAAGAUUCUCCUGCUGGAAAUAAGGUAUAAUUUGUAUUUUGCAGACAAAUCAGUAAAGUUACUGGCUUUCUUAGUGA